AGGACAAAGUCCUAUAAAAGUGCGGCUGGUGGACGAGGUGGUAUACAGACUGCAAACUCUUUACAAUGAAGAUCUUCGUUGCUCUUUGCCUCCUGUGCAUCGUCAUGGUGGAUUCGACACAAGGUGAGUGCGUGCCUACUAAACCCUGCACGUUCGACUACUUCCCUCUGUGUGGGUCUGACGGUCGCACCUACGGGAACUGGUGCACCUUCAAAGCCCAGAUCGACGAGUGCCAACCUAACCUAAGGCUGUCUUCCUGUGGAGAGUGUCGACAGGUUACUUCGACACGAGAAUGCGAACCAUUAAGAGCCUGCCCUCGGCAUUACAAACCCGUGUGUGGGUCUGACGGUCGCACCUACGGUAACUGGUGUCUAUUCAAAGCCGAACUGCAGUUGUGCAACUCUAAACUUGACCUGGUUCACUGCGGAGCUUGUCGCAAAGACUAAAAACGACAUCAGAUGGACUGACAACUUGCUGUCUAUGUAUUACAUUACCGGAACACACAGUCAUCUGAUUCUGGCCAUGUUCACUGUAUACACAA